AUGGCACUCCAGUCGCGGCUUCGGCCGGCCAUGGACGAGCUCAAGAUGCACGCCCUCAGCUACGGCGCACGCGGCUUCGUCGCCUACCGACAGAACCACGCCGCCAUCCAGCGCUUCCUCCGCAUCGGCUACAUCGCCUUCAUCCUCGGAUCUACCUACCGCGGCCUCACCGCAGCGGGGCGCAAGAAGAAGCCAAAGCAGCCCCAGGCAAAGACUGCCGGCCUCGAUGCGAGCGAAAAAGGCCCCACGCCGGGCGAAGAGGCCGCCUCCAGCGCCAAGCAGGCGCAGCAGCAGGUCGUAGAGGCAGACGAAGGAGGGCGCGGCGGCAGGGGCGGGAGAAAGGGGCGCAAGUCGAGGGCGCCCCGCGUCGAGGUCGACGCCGUCUUCUUCGAGCGCCUCAAGCGCAUCCUCCGCAUCGUCGUCCCCGGCAUCCGCUCCAAAGAGGCCGGUCUCAUCCUCCUCCACACCGUCUUCCUCGUCCUCCGCACCAUGCUCUCCCUCUACGUCGCCGACCUCGACGGCCGCAUCGUCUCCGCCCUGGUGCGCUCUCAGACCCGCCAGUUUAUCGUCGGUAUCCUCUGGUGGAUGGCCGUCGCCAUCCCUGCCACCUACACCAACUCGAUGAUCGAGUUCCUCCAGUCCAAGCUCGCCCUCUGCUACCGCACCCGCCUCACGAGGCGCGUCCACGACGCCUAUCUCAGCGACAUGACCUUCUACAAGCUCGGUAACCUCGAUGAUCGCAUCAAGAACGCCGACCAGCUCAUCACCGUCGACGUCGCAAAGUUCUCCAAGUCGCUCGCCGACAUCUACUCCAACUUUGCCAAGCCCAUCCUCGAUGUCUGCCUGUACAACUACAAGCUCAGCCAGCGCGUCGGCGCCGAGUCGCUCAUCGGCAUCAACCUACUCGUCCAGGGCUCGGCGGCGCUCCUCAAGGCCCUCACGCCGCCCUUUGGCCAGUACGCGGCCACCGAGCAGCAGCUCGAGGGCGAGUUCCGCUUCAACCACUCGAGGCUCAUCGAAAACGCCGAAGAGGUGGCCCUCUACCGCGGACAGGCCGCCGAGCAGAAUGUCAUCGAACGCGCCUACUUCAGCCUGAUCAAGCACGUCAACCGCGUCUACAAAAUCCGGAUCCUCCACUCGAUGACCGAGGAGGGCAUCAUCAAAUGGCUGUGGGGCUCGCUCGGACUGUGCAUCUGCGCCGUGCCCGUGUUUGUUCGCAUCCCGGGCGCCGGCGGCAAGGGCCUCGACAUGGGCUCGCGCACCGAGUCGUUUGUCACCAACCGGCGCCUGCUGCUCUCGUCGAGCGACGCCUUUGGCCGCGUCAUGUACUCGUACAAGGAGAUUUCGGAGCUGGCCGGCUACACGGCGCGCGUGUCGGAGCUGCUCGACACGAUGGACGAGAUCAAGGCGGGCCGCUUCCAGAAGAAGCUCGUCUCGUCGGCGUCGGUCGAGGAGAACGCCAAGGUGCUCCAGGGGCGGGGCACCAUCGAGGAGGACCGCGCCGACGACGCCGGCGUCGAGUUCCGCGACGUGCCCAUCGUCAGCCCCAACGGCGACAUCCUGGUCAAGAAGCUCAGCUUCUACGUCAAGCCCGGCCAGCACCUGCUCAUCAUCGGGCCCAACGGCUGCGGCAAGAGCAGCCUGUUCCGCAUCCUCGGCGGGCUGUGGCCCGUCUACGGCGGCAAGGUGCACAAGCCGCCGACGUCUGAGUUCACCUACAUCCCGCAGCGGCCCUACCUCUCGCUGGGCACGCUUCGCGACCAGAUCAUCUACCCGCACACGGUGUCCGAGAUGCGUGCGCGCGGCAAGACGGACGAGGACCUGCUCGACAUCCUCAAGGUGGUGCAGAUUGAGCACAUUGUCGCUCGCGAGGGCGGCUGGGACGUGCAGCGCGAGUGGAGGGACGCGCUCAGCGGCGGCGACAAGCAGAGGAUCGCCAUGGCGCGCCUCUUCUACCACCGUCCCAAGUUUGCCAUCCUCGACGAGUGCACCAGCGCCGUCACGCUCGAGAUUGAGAAGAUCAUGUACGACCACGCCACCAAGAUUGGCAUCACGAUGCUGACGGUCUCGCACCGCCCGUCGCUGUGGAAGUACCACUCCUACGUGCUCCAGUACGACGGCCAGGGCGGCUACGUCUUCACCGAGCUGGACGCCGAGAAGCGGCUCGCGCUUCAGGAGGAGAAGCAGGCGCUGGAGCAGAAGCUGCUGCAGGUGCCAAAGUGGAAGGAGAGGCUCGAAGCGCUCAAGGCGGCCAAGGAGGAGCGGUUGAGCCGGCCGAGCAGCCCGGUGCACGAGAUCAAGGGCUUGACGCUGACGGCGUGA